AUGGACAUCAAACCUUUCCUUCAUGAACACCACUUGCUCUUUGAUGAAUACUUAGAUCAAGAGGCAUUUUGUGAUCAUUGCAACCGGCAAAUUGAUGGUUGGGCCUUUACUUGUGAAACCUGCAAGUUUUGGCUACAUGAAUCAUGUGCUAAACAACAAUUGCCUUCUACGAUUUCACAUCCUCUCCAUUCUCAACACCUUCUCACUCUGCUCUUUACUGAUUAUUUUUAUGUUUGUGGUAAAUGUUUUAGUCUUACUCGACGCUGCAUAUAUAGAUGCAAGGAUUGUGAUUUCAACCUUGAUCUCUUAUGCGCUUCUUCAACUACUAAUGAUGAGACCCCACAUGAAGAGUGGGAAAGAUCUUAUCAUAGAUAUAAAACCAUUGAGCAUUUCAGCCACGUAGAUAAAUUGAACCUGUUCAACUAUAGGAAAGUAGGAAAGGAUGAGUAUAUUUGUAGAUGGUGUGAGAAGCUUCUGUCAGGAAUGUCCUACGGUUGUUUCCUUUUUUGUACUUCUGAAGAGGUCUUCUUUCACGAAUCCUGUUUGAUUAAUAUGCCCACUAUAAUCUCAAAACAUCACUUUCAUCCAUCACACCCUCUUUACCUACGAGAUUUGCCAGGGUCUCUCAUUUGCAAUGCUUGUGGAGAUGAAUUGAAAAGUAAAAAGACAAAUGGAUAUAGUUGUACAAAGUGCAUAUUCCACCUUCAUGUUACAUGUGCUACAUUCCAACCCAGUCUAAAACAUGAGUUGCAUGAGCAUCAUCUUACUUAUUUUAAAAUAAAACACUACUUUGGUUCUCUCCAAUGUAAGAAGUGUAAUGAGAUGAUUAGACUAAAUGAGAGUGAGAGUGCUUUUUAUCGUUGUGUGGAAUGUGAUUUCAACCUCCAUCUCCGUUGUGCAUCAUUACCAUUUACUGCUAAACACGAGUAUCACAGACAUGAACUUAUGCUUGUCCAUUCAUUUAUAGAAGAUGGAUCUAAUGAAUAUUAUUGUGAUAUUUGUGAGAAAGAAAGAAAACCAAAACACCAUGUCUAUUGCUGCAAAAAAUGCAAAUUUGUUGCACAUAUCGGAUGUGUACUCCAUAAGUCCAUAGAUACCGAAUUUGAGCAUGGGUCGACAUCUAGCUUGGUGGAUAGCAAAGCUUCUAUAGGAAAAGUGACAGAGCAAGAGGGAACAGAGAUUGACUAUUUUGAUCAUCAACAUCCCCUAAGAUUUUAUGAGGUUAUUAGAAAAAAUGAAAGUCUUCUCUGCCAUGCUUGUUGGCUGAAAAUCUAUGAUCAAGCGUAUGUUUGUAAAUAUGGAUGCGCAAUCUACUUACACAAAGCAUGCACCAAAUUGUCCUAUGAGCUGCUACACCCUCUUCAUCCCCAACAUUCUCUCAAACUCAUUACCAGUGGGCUUCGGUUUACAUGUGAUGAAUGCAGAGAGCGUGUUGAUAGUGGUUACGUGUACAUGUGCUAUGCGUGUGAUUUCAAACUUGAUGUGAAAUGUGCUACUUUAUCAGUGCCUAAACAUGAGAGCCAAAGGCUAAAAGAGAUGGAGAGACGAUCCAAGUUGUGCCCUUUAAACCAACUCCAUAAGCUAAACUUCUUCAUUUAUGGGUCCACUCUAUGGACCCAUCCCAGGUGCCAUUUUUGUGCGCAAGUAAUCCGGGGACCAUCCUAUAGAUGCUUUAAUUGUGAAUAUAAGCUUCAUGAAUCCUGCCUUGGAUUUCCCCUGGAGAUGCAACUCCAUUUUCAUCCACUACACAACCUUCGCUUAAUUCCCGUCGAAGAAAGAAUUUGUCUUGUCUGCAAAGACGCAUCCUAUUUGAAGAUCAAGUAUAGUUGUUUGCAAUGUGAUCUCCACCUUCAUCCUUAUUGUGCUAAAUCCCUGAAGCGGAUGGUAAAAUCUAAGUCUCACGUGCAUAAUCUUUAUUAUUUUGGACCAAAUGCUUGGAAUAAAUUCUAUCAUGAGGGAAAAACAUGUGAUGAAUGCAAAGAAAGGUUUUCUUUUACUCCUUUCUAUUUUUGUAUGGAGUGUGGUAUCAAGUUGCAUAUCAAAUGUGCUGUACCACAUUCAGUUAAAUCCAAAUAUCACAUCCACCCCUUCACUCUUAAGGGUCAUUCAUUGAAAGAAGAUUUGGGAGAAUAUUACUGCGACAUUUGCGAAGAAGAAAGGGAUCCACAACAUCAUUCAUAUUACUGUGCAAAGUGUGAAGGGUUGUUUGUUGCUCACAUAGAUUGCGUGCUCAAUUCGGUAAGUUCACCCACUAUAUAUAAUCUUUAAUUCAGAACUUAAUUGCUUUUAUAUUAUUGAAUUAUUUGAAGGAAAAUAAGCAUAGAAAUCUGCAUAAACACAUCACCACAAUAUAUAAUUACACAUAUGCAC